GCAAGAUACCAGUCUUUUUCAUGGGAAAGGAAAGCAAUCUUUUCUUGUUUAUUCCAACAGUGUGUUUUUUCCUUCGCUUUGCAUGUUUUUUUCCUAGGGCAGUCCAUAUCUAUUGUGUUCAGAAACAGAGAUAAUCUAAAAUGUGGAAUUCUGUUUUUUAAACAAAAAGAUAAAUACAAACUUGAAUCAAGAACAUAUGAACAUAUUCUCUUUUCAGCAUAUACGACUAGAGGCUAAGUUAUAAUUACAUUAUUCCAAGGUAAUCAUUAAACUAGUGUACAUCUACGCCAAAGAAGCAGAGCCUGUUGUAUUGAGGAAGUUGAACAGUAAAGUCACCUUGGAGCAAAUACGACAGAAACAAAAUGAACUGGUUGAGUUUUGCCAGAGCUGUUUACUGUAAACUCUGAAAGUUUGUUGCUUUAUACAUCACUGCAGAAUCCUAAGUCUGGGUGCUGAGCAGCCUUGAACUCCUGCUUCUUCUAAUGUAGAGGAAUUGAACAAAGCAAAGGCCGCAGCAUAAUUUGCUUAAAGAAUUUUAUAUUCAUCUAUAAAAUGCAAUACAUGACUUUAUAAGCUGAUCAAAAAGAAGCUAGAAUCUGGAUAAAAUGAAGUAUAAAAUGUUCUGGACCCUUCUGGAAUCCACAUGCAGAGUUCUAAGUCUUUCCACUAUAGCAGUGCUAAUAGGAGUAGGAAUAGAAACGAUUCUACAAGGUGAAUUCAUAGCACUGGGCGUCUACUUGCUAUGUUCAUCUGUCACUGUCAGUAUUCUUGAACUGCCAUACUUCAUUGAUCUGCUACUGAUGCCUUGCUUGUUCUGCCCUCCAGGUUCCACAUCACACAUUUACUGGAAGAAACUCGCUAGGCUUGGUGGUUUCCAAAAGUCAUUGGCAUACAUCGUUAUGUCUGUUGCCUGCUUCCUGCACCCAGUUUUGGUCUGGCAUGUUACAAUUCCAGGAACCAUGCUUAUAAUUACUGGUGCUGCUUACUUUAUACUGAGCCAAAGGAAGAAGCCAAAGGGAGGACCAGAUUCCUAUUGUCUUUCUGAGAAUUACAUGAAUUCCCUGACUACAAUGGGCACUCUUUACAGCAGAGAUCAAGAACAAAUGUACAGCACUGCUAAUGCUGCAAAGGGCAGGCUGCAUCUUCUCACCCCAGUACAAGGCACACAGACUGACAGUCAUGGGAGAGCUAUCACUGCUAACUUCAGUGCUGCACAAUGUAUUUCUAACACAAAACGGGUGCAGUUUGAAGAAGUAGCUGUUAGACUUAUAGUGUCAGAGAUGGGAAGCCUGAAUGAAGAGAGUGAAUCAGAGGAUAUGACAUCUGAUACAGCCCCCAUCAUAUCACAAAAAGGAAACCACUGAAAAAGGCCUGGCCAUGCUGUCCAGUCAUUCUGUCUGCUCAUGAGCAAAACAAAUGUUGCCUAUAUGUAGGAAAAACAAUUUUAUAUUUUGAUUUAAUGAUUUCUUCUAACUUUACUCAGGUCAAGAAAGGCUGCAUAAGCCUUACCUAAAUGUAUUAAAUAUCUUCAGUGUUCACUGGCUCAGUCCAACAUCUAAAACAGUAUUCCCUUUAGAAAUGUUCCAGUGUUUUUAUUAGCUCUGAAACUGUACUGCACAGGCAUAAAAUGAUUAUGGAUUCAGACUCAUUUCCAGAAGUGAGAUUUACCAGUAACAACAGUGACAACAGUUUGAGUCCUAGAAAAAGCUAACUGGCAGCUACUUAGAUUUAAAUCCUGUUAUAUUUAUUCCGUAUAACAUCUUUUUACUUUUUAUUGGGAGGGGGCGCGCACACCCAUGUGUGUGCGUGUGUGUGUGUGUGUGUGUGUGUGUGUGUGUGUGUGUGUGUGU